GCGCCCCCUCCUUUCCCCCUCCCUCCCCCUCCCCCCAAUUUCCACCGCGGCCAAUUCAUGGACAGGAACUACCCCAGCGCCGGCUUCGGGGACCCGCUCGGCGCCGGGGCGGGAUGGAGUUACGAGAGGUCAGCGAAAGCUAGCUUGGUCUAUGGCAGUUCCAGGACCUCGCACCCAGAGACGGACAUCUUACACCGCCAGGCCUAUGCGGCCCCCCACCCACUGCAAAGCUAUGCCACCAACCACCACCCGGCAGGCCUCUCUGGACUCUUUGACACUGGCCUUCACCACGCGGGCUCUGCAGGGCCCGACGCCUCCGUCAUGAACCUCAUCUCAGCCCUGGAGUCCCGGGGCCCCCAGCCUGGCCCUUCUGCCUCUUCUCUCCUCUCCCAGUUCCGCAGUCCUUCGUGGCAAACAGCCAUGCACACACCAGGCCCUACGGAGCUCUUCAUCUCGGGCGCCCUACCGGGUUCCAGCACCUUUCCAUCCUCCUCUGCCCUGUCGGCCUACCAGCACCCGGCUUCCUUCGGCAGUCGUCCUUUCCCAGUGCCCUCAUCCCUCAGCCUCCAGGAUCCCCCAUUCAGCCCUCCUGCUAACGGGCUCCUGUCCCCUCAUGACGUGCUCCAUCUGAAGCCCUCCCAGGCUCCCACGGUGCCCUCCUCACUGGGCUUUGAGCGCCUGGCAGGGGGUGGUGUCCUGGGGCCUGCAGGCCUUGGCCCAGCCCAGACCCCCCCUUACCGCCCUGGCCCCCCAGAUCCACCUCCACCUCCCCGCCACCUCCCAACUCAGUUUAAUCUGCUGGCUUCCUCUUCUGCUGCUGCGGCUGCGGCCGCUGAACAAUCCUCUCCACAGCUGUACAAUUUCUCGGGUGCUGCCCCAGGCCCACCACCUCCUGAGCGGGCCCUGCCCCGCCAGGACACCGUCAUCAAGCACUACCAGCGGCCAGCUAGUGCCCAGCCCCCACCACCCCCACCACCAGCCCAUGCUCUGCAGCACUACCUGAGCUGUGGAGGCAGCUAUCCGUCAAUGGGCCACCGGGCUAACCUGGCCUGCAGCCCUCUGGGUGGUGGGGAGCCCUCCCCAGGUGCUGGUGAACCUAGCAAGGCUGGGCCUAGUGGAGCCACGGCUGGGGCAUCAGGCCGGGCCACGGGCCCUGAGGCAGCUGGAGGAGGUGGGGCUGGGGGUGGAGGUGGAGGUUACCGCCCCAUCAUUCAAUCUCCUGGUUAUAAGACAGGCAAAGGUGGUUAUGGAGCCGCUGCAGGGGGUGCCAACAGGCCACCACCACCCCGCUCCACUGCCACACCCAAAUGCCAGAGCCUGGGUGGGCCAGCAGCGGCCUAUGCCACUGGGAAGACCUCUGGAGCUGGUGGGGCUGGGGGCCAGGCCUAUUCCCCUGGUCAGCCCCAAGGGCUUCUGGGACCUCAGGCCUAUGGGCAGGGGUUUGGAGGGGGUCAAGCACAGGACUUAAGCAAAGGCCCCAGCUACUCUGGGGGUCCCCCUCAGCCCCCCAGUGGCCCCCCACCUCCUGGCCUAGCCACAUGUCAGAGCUACUCCCCAGAUCAGCUGCAGGGGCAGCUCUAUGGAGUGCAGGGUGAACCGUACCCAGGACCAGCUGCCCACUCCCAGGGGCUGCCCACAGCCAGCCCCUCGCUCAGCUAUAGCACUGGCCAUUCCCCAGCGCUCUCAGGCCAUGGAGGUGGCUGGGGACCCAGCUCCUUGGGAGGUGGUGGGGAGGCCAGCCCCUCUCACAUCAUCCGCCCUCUCCAGUCUCCACCUGCCACUGGCCGCCCACCUGGAGUUGGCUCCCCGGGAGCCCCUGGCAAAUACCUGAGCUCAGUCUUAGCCUCCGCUCCCUUUCUGGCACCCCCUGGAGCUGGCAGCUAUGCAGCUGGAGCAGGUGGCUACAAGGGCAAGGGGGAUGGCUCAGAGCUGCUGGCAGGCCCUGGUGGGCCUCCGGCUGAGCGCACUGAGGAUGAGGAGUUCCUUAUUCAGCAUCUCCUGCAGGCGCCCAGCCCCCCGCGGACUUCAGGGGCUGAUGGCUUGGUGGGCGAGGAUGGGGCAGCAGAUGCCUCCAAGGGACUUGGUGGGAGUGGUGGGGCUGGGGGGCCACCAGGCACACCCUAUGAGUUGGCCAAGGAAGACCCCCAAAGGUACCAUUUACAGAGUGUCAUCCGUACCAGUGCCAGCCUGGACGAGGGUGCCACAGCAGCCCUUGAGCUGGGCCUGGGGAGGUUGAAGGAGAAGAAGAAAGGGCCAGAACGGGGUGGUGAGACCCCAGAGGGGCUGGCCACCUCAGUCGUCCACUAUGGUGCAGGUGCCAAGGAGCUAGGGGCCUUCUUGCAGAAGAGUCCACCACCUCCGCCUCCCACAGCCCAGCCAACCCAGCCCAACCCCCAUGGCCUCCUCUUGGAGGCUGGAGGCCCCGACCUCCCUCUUGUAUUGCCUCCACCUCCCCCCCAGCUGCUUCCCUCAGUCCUCAGCCAUGCUCCCAGUCCCUCUCCCAGCGCCCCCAAAGUUGGCGUCCACCUCCUUGAGCCAGGCACACGUGAAGGGGCACCCCAGCCGCCUCCACCACCACCACCACCUCCACCACCCAUGCCACUGCAGCUUGAGGCCCAUCUCCGAGGCCAUGGCCUGGAGCCCGCAGCCCCCAGCCCCCGCCUUCGACCUGAGGAGGGCCUGGAGCCUCCAGGUGCCAUGCAAGAAUUGCUUGGGGCUCUGGAGCCACUGCCCCCAGGGCCUGGUGACACUGGUGUGGGCCCACCUAACUCUGAGGGCAAGGAUCCUGCAGGCGCCUACCGAAGUCCCAGCCCACAAGGCACCAAGGCCCCACGCUUUGUGCCGCUUACCUCCAUUUGCUUUCCCGACUCCCUGCUCCAGGAUGAGGAGCGCAGCUUCUUUCCCACCAUGGAGGAGAUGUUUGGUGGAGGGGCCGCAGAUGACUAUGGAAAGGCUGGGCAGCCUGAGGACGAGGGUGACCCCAAGGCAGGCACUGGACCACCUCCAGGUCCCCCUGCCUAUGACCCCUAUGGGCCCUACUGUCCAGGUCGGGCAUCUGGAGCUGGGCCUGAGACUCCAGGUCUGGGCCUGGACCCCAGCAAACCCCCUGAACUGCCCUCCACGGUCAACGCUGAGCCACUAGGCCUGAUCCAAAGUGGGCCCCACCAGGCAGCACCCCCACCCCCACCUCCACCACCACCUCCUCCGCCUGCCUCCGAGCCCAAGGGUGGCCUCACCUCGCCUAUCUUCUGCUCAACCAAGCCAAAGAAGCUGCUCAAGACGUCAUCCUUCCACCUGCUGCGACGCCGAGACCCACCCUUCCAGACACCCAAGAAGCUAUAUGCCCAGGAAUAUGAGUUUGAGGCAGAUGAGGACAAGGCCGAUGUGCCUGCAGAUAUCCGCCUCAACCCCCGACGCCUGCCUGACCUGGUGUCCAGCUGCCGCUCGCGGCCAGCCCUUUCGCCUCUAGGUGACAUCGACUUCUGUCCACCAAACCCAGGCCCUGAUGGACCCCGGCGCCGUGGCCGCAAACCCACCAAGGCAAAGCGCGAUGGACCACCCCGGCCUCGGGGAAGACCCCGGAUCCGCCCAUUGGAGGGUCCCACCACUGCAGGGCCAGCCUCAGCCUCCAUGUCCAGUGAUGGGGCCAAAAAGCCCCGGGGCCGGGGUCGAGGUAGAGGCAGGAAGUCGGAGGAGGCAGGGGGCACCCGGUUGGAGCCCCUGAAGCCCCUUAAGAUAAAGCUGUCUGUGCCCAAGGCUGGUGAGGGUCUGGGAGCCUCAUCGGGCGAUAUCAUUUCUGGUGUUGACCACAACAGCCUGGAUUCAAGCCUGACUCGGGAAAAGAUUGAGGCCAAGAUCAAGGAAGUGGAGGAGAAGCAGCCAGAGAUGAAGUCAGGAUUCAUGGCAUCCUUCUUGGAUUUCCUCAAGUCAGGCAAGCGUCACCCACCACUCUACCAGGCAGGCCUGACGCCACCUCUCAGCCCCCCCAAGAGCGUUCCACCCUCUGUGCCAGCCCGAGGCCUGCAGCCCCAGCCAUCUGCUGCGCCCACCGUGCCGCACCCCCCACCUGCUGGCGCUUUUGGACUGGGGGGUGCACUGGAGGCAGCGGAGAGUGAGGGGCUGGGGCUGGGCUGCCCUUCGCCCUGCAAGCGGCUGGACGAGGAAUUGAAACGGAACCUCGAGACCCUGCCCUCUUUCUCCUCUGAUGAGGAGGAUUCUGUGGCCAAGAACCGAGACCUACAGGAGAGCAUCUCGUCGGCCAUCUCUGCCCUGGAUGACCCGCCCCUUGCUGGACCUAAGGACACUCCUACCCCAGAGGGGCCACCCUUGGCCGCUACAGCUGCAGUCCCUGGGCCGCCGCCUCUCCCUGGGCUCCCCAGUGCCAACACCAAUGGCACGCCUGAGCCCCCGAUGCUGGAAGAGAAGCCCCCACCUUCCCCACCUCCUGCCCCAACGCCUCAGCCUCCACCACCCCCUCCGCCACCCCCAGCCUUGCCCUCAGCCCUGCCAUCACCACCACCACUGGUGGCCCCCACAGCCAGCUCCCCGCCUCCACCACAGCCACCACCUCCACCAACCCUGCCCUCGCCACCACCACCACCACCACCCCCACCAGCUGCUCCUCCUGAGGAGCCUGCUGCCCCGUCCCCAGAGGAGCCUGAACCACCGGAUGCCAGGCCUCUGCACCUGGCCAAGAAGCAGGAGACUGCAGCCGUGUGUGGAGAAACGGAUGAGGAGGCCGGGGAGAGUGGCGGAGAGGGUAUCUUCCGAGAGCGGGACGAGUUUGUCAUCAGGGCUGAGGACAUCCCCUCUCUCAAGCUGGCGUUGCAAACAGGGCGUGAGCCGCCACCCAUCUGGCGAGUCCAGAAGGCCCUCCUGCAGAAAUUCACGCCCGAGAUCAAGGAUGGCCAGAGGCAGUUUUGUGCUACCAGUAAUUAUUUGGGGUAUUUUGGGGAUGCAAAAAACCGGUACCAGCGCCUAUAUGUAAAGUUCCUAGAAAAUGUCAACAAGAAGGAUUAUGUGAGGGUCUGUGCCCGGAAACCCUGGCAUCGGCCCCCAGUACCAGUCAGACGCUCCGGGCAGACCAAGGGCCCCGCAUCAGCUGGGAGCAGCUCCGCACCUCCACCCAAGGCACCCCCACCCCCGCCCAAGCCUGAGACCCCUGAGAAGGUGACAUCUGAGAAGCCCCCAGAGCAGACGCCUGAGACGGCCGUGCCUGAGCCCCCUGCCCCUGAGAAGCCAUCCCCACCCCGGCCCAUGGAGAAGGAAAAGGAGAAGGAGAGGGUGACGCGUGGGGACCGGCUGUUGCGGGGCGAGCGGGCCACUGGUGGGCGGCACACACGGCCCGAGCGCAGCCUGGCCACAGGACAGCCUGCUACUUCCCGGCUCCCCAAGGCCCGGCCUACCAAGGUGAAGGCUGAGCCACCCCCUAAGAAGAGGAAGAAGUGGCUAAAGGAGGCAGUGGGCAAUGCCUCUGCGGGCGGAGCCCCCCCAGGCAGCUCCUCAGACUCGGAAUCGUCCCCUGGGGCCCCCAGCGAGGACGAGCGGGCAGUACCUGGGCGCCUGCUGAAGACACGGGCAAUGCGAGAGAUGUACCGGAGCUAUGUGGAGAUGCUGGUGAGCACGGCGCUCGACCCUGAUAUGAUCCAGGCCUUGGAAGACACGCAUGACGAGCUGUACCUCCCACCCAUGAGGAAGAUCGAUGGUCUACUGAAUGAGCACAAGAAAAAAGUCCUGAAGCGGCUGUCACUGAGCCCAGCCCUGCAGGACGCCCUGCACACGUUCCCACAGCUGCAAGUGGAGCAGAGUGGGGAGGGCUCCCCCGAAGAGGGAGCUGUGCGGCUGCGGCCAGCCGGGGAACCCUACAACCGCAAGACCCUCAGCAAGCUGAAGAGGAGCGUGGUCCGAGCCCAGGAGUUCAAGGUUGAGCUGGAGAAGUCAGGGUACUACACCCUUUACCAUUCACUCCACCACUAUAAAUACCACACCUUCCUGCGCUGCCGGGACCAGACUCUGGCCAUUGAGGGCGGUGCUGAGGACCUGGGCCAGGAGGAGGUGGUGCAGCAGUGCAUGCGGAACCAGCCGUGGCUGGAACAGCUCUUUGACUCCUUCAGUGACCUGCUAGCCCAAGCACAGGCCCACAGUCGCUGUGGGUGACCAUCCCGCCUGUGGGGCUCUUCCUCCAUGAACCAAGAAUUGGGACAGAACUGUGUCCUCAGGAGCUGACCCCUGGGCUCUGUUGCUGCCGGGGAAGGGGGAUCAUUGGUCAGGGUGUGUCCAUGCUGCCCCCCCCAGGGCAGGGUUCAAAGUUUGACUCCCCCCCUCUCCCGAGCCCUCUCUAUUCCCUUCCUGUUCCCUCCCACUGUUCGGUGUACAGAGAAAUUAUUUAUAUAUAUGUAUAAAUGUCUAUUUAGUAACGGUUUCCCUCUCCCCUUAGCCCAGUCCCCCCCUCCACGGCCAUAGCCCCUGCCCCCUCCACCUUGUACAUAUGUAUAGGAAAAGUCUAUGUAUGGUUGAGCAGGGCAUGGCGGCUUCCGAGAGCUGGGGGACCCCAUUCCCUUCCCCAGCGCCCCCUGUAGGCCAUGAUCUUUGCUAAAGGCCAUUCCCUCCCCAGGGCAUUCAGUGUCGGGUGGGAGGGGAAAACGCAUCUUGUUAAUUAUUUUUGAUCUUAUUUAUUGUACAUACCUAGGGUGGGUGGGAGGGGCUGUGGAGGUGGUGGGGGGACGGGUCCCCUCCCUCUGCCCCUCCCACUCCUUUUCUACAGCAGUUUGUCUGUGUCUGUCCCUCACCCAUGGCCCUGUCCCAUUGUCGUCUGGAUGUGGUUCUAUUUUUUAAUUGGUCCCCAUUCCUGGUCCUGCCCUCUCUGCCCCAUCUCCUUCUCUGUCCCCUCCAGCCCUUGUCUCUUGCUCUUUCUUGGGCUUCUGUACAACUCACCUUGUAUACACUGUGUACACACAACCAGCCAAACGAAACCCAACGGCAAACACUUUA